AUGGCCAGCACGUUAAGCCCCAGCACCAUGACUGGGACCCUGGGUCCUCCUGAAAUGUCAGAGCGCAUCCAAAAUGCUGCUGACAUCUCUGUAAUUGUCACCUAUUUCAUGGUGGUGAUGGCUGUCGGGCUGUGGGCAAUGCUGAAGACCAACCGGGGCACUGUUGGAGGCUUCUUCUUGGCUGGUCGAGAUAUGACCUGGUGGCCGAUGGGCGCCUCUCUCUUCGCCAGUAAUAUCGGCAGUGGCCACUUUGUGGGGCUGGCUGGGACGGGAGCAGCUUCAGGAAUCGCCACUGCAACAUUUGAAUGGAAUGCUUUGCUGCUGUUGCUGGUUCUAGGAUGGUUCUUUGUCCCCAUAUACAUCAAGGCAGGGGUGAUGACUAUGCCAGAAUAUCUGAGAAAGAGGUUUGGUGGGAAGCGACUCCAGAUCUACCUCUCUGUCCUCUCCCUCUUCAUCUGUGUGGCUCUGAGAAUCUCAUCAGACAUAUUUUCUGGAGCCAUAUUCAUCAAGCUGGCCUUGGGAUUGGACCUUUACCUGGCAAUCUUCAUCCUCUUGGCUAUAACUGCUAUUUACACGAUCACUGGGGGCUUGGCCUCAGUUAUUUACACAGACACCCUCCAGACCAUCAUCAUGCUGAUCGGUUCCUUUAUUCUCAUGGGGUAUGCAUUUGCUAAAGUGGGAGGCUAUGAGAGUUUUACAGAGAAGUACAUGAAUGCCAUCCCAUCCAUAGUUGAGGGGGACAACCUGACAAUCAAUCCCAAGUGCUACACUCCUCAGGCUGACUCCUUUCACAUCUUCCGAGAUGCUGUCACUGGAGAUAUUCCAUGGCCAGGAAUGAUAUUUGGAAUGACCAUUGUUGCUGUGUGGUACUGGUGCACAGAUCAGGUUAUUGUGCAGCGCUGCCUAUCAGGCAAGAACAUGUCUCAUGUGAAAGCUGCCUGCAUCAUGUGUGGGUACCUGAAGCUGCUGCCCAUGUUCCUCAUGGUAAUGCCAGGAAUGAUCAGCCGCAUCCUAUACACAGAGAAGGUGGCCUGUGUUGUACCUUCUGAAUGUGUGAAACAUUGUGGCAUUGAAGUCGGUUGUACUAACUAUGCCUACCCAGUGAUGGUGCUGGAACUGAUGCCUGAUGGACUGCGAGGUCUGAUGCUGUCAGUCAUGUUGGCCUCUCUCAUGAGCUCCAUGACCUCCAUCUUCAACAGUGCUAGCACCCUCUUUACCAUGGACCUGUACACCAAGAUUAGGAAACAGGCAUCAGAGAAAGAGCUUCUUAUAACAGGACGGCUAUUUAUCAUUCUAUUAAUUGCCAUCAGCAUUUUGUGGGUCCCAUUAGUGCAGGUAUCUCAAAAUGGACAACUAUUCCAUUAUAUAGAAUCAAUUUCUAGCUACCUUGGGCCUCCAAUUGCAGCUGUCUUCCUGCUUGCCAUCUUCUGUAAAAGAGUCAAUGAACAGGGAGCCUUCUGGGGUCUAGUCAUUGGACUUGUGAUUGGCCUUAUUCGCAUGAUUGCAGAGUUUGCCUAUGGAACAGGAAGUUGCUUGGCUGCCAGUGACUGUCCCAAGGUCAUCUGUGGAGUGCACUAUCUGUACUUUGCCAUCAUCCUCUUUUUUGUUUCCGUACUAGUUGUCCUAGGAAUUUCCCUGUUAACAAAACCCAUUCCUGAUGUACAUCUGUAUCGUCUGUGCUGGGCUCUUCGGAAUAGUACAGAGGAACGAAUUGAUUUAGAUGCAGAAGAGAAAAGACAUGAGGAAGUUGAUAAUGAUGUUGAUGAAGAUAAUCCUGAGGAACCUCAUGGAUGUCUCAAGAAGGCUUAUGACUUAUUCUGCGGUUUGCAGAAGAAAAGCCCCAAGUUGAGCAGAGAGGAGGAAGAAGCCCAGAAAAAGAAGUUGACAGACACAUCUGAGAAGCCUUUAUGGAGGGCUAUAGUGAAUGUCAAUGCCAUUCUUCUCCUGGCGGUGGCUGUCUUUGUCCAUGGGUAUUUUGCCUGAACUCUAUCUAAGCCACUAAAUAUUUAUU